AUGGGUGGGGGGUUUGGUGGGUCAUGGCGGGCGGGUGGGUGGGCGGGUGGGUGGGUGGGUGGAUGGGCGGGUGGGUGGCCGGGUGGGUGGCCGGGUGGGUGGGUGGCCGGGUGGGUGGGUGGCCGGGUGGGUGGGUGGGUGGCCGGGUGGGUGGGUGGGUGGCCGGGUGGGUGGGCGGGUGGGUGGGUGGGCGGGUGGGUGGGUGGGCGGGUGGGUGGGUGGCCGGGUGGGUGGGUGGCCGGGUGGGUGGGUGGCCGGGUGGGUGGGUGGCCGGGUGGGUGGGUGGCCGAGUGGAUGCGUGUGGCAGUACAGGACACGAACCCCAAGGAGCGCAUCUGCAUGAACCCAUGUAAUAACCCUGUGCUUGCCGCAUUCUCCCCUGUCUCCCUAUUAUCGAAUCAAGUGCGGUACGACGUAGCGGCAGUGCAGGACGCGGAUCCCAGGGAGUGCAACGGUAAGGAAGUACACAUACAGCAACCCAUCAUGUUGCACUUUCCCCUGUCGUAUUCCAUUUGUCUCUUCCAGGUCCAGUACGACAUAGUGGCAGUGCAGGAUGCGGACCCCAGGGAGCGCAUCUGCAACGAGGUGGAGAGAAUGAAGGCGCAUACCCUCAUCAUGGGGUCACGGGGACUCAGUACUGUUAAGCGACUUGUGCUGGGAAGCGUGUCGGACUAUUGUGUCAACCAUGCCACUUGCCCCGUCAUUGUCGUGCGGCCAAAGCAAUCAGAGACUGCUUGA